UAUGUCCUGUCAGAGGCAGUUGACUUUACGGUAACUCUGUUGUUCCUUCAACCAUUACAAAACCUUAACGGUCGACUUUGAAAAAAAAUGGUCCCGUGGCUAAAUUUAAGUUACGACAUCACGACAAAACUGAAACUAUUUAAAAGUAAUUAAAAUUAAUGACGUAAAAAAAUACUAAAUCGUCUCUAUCCAGUUUUAACAGCCGCUUGCAUCUACUAGCAUCCCUUAGUAUCCAUUCCCCCCCUGACGCAGUAAUAUGACGUAGGGCGUCGCUGUUUCUACGCAAAGACCCGGAAACGACCUCACAUUGUUUACAUUCAGCUCUUUGUCCCGCUAAAAUGUCCAAAAAACGAUGCACUAACACUGAGAACCUGAACUUACGAGCCGUGAUCGACCAGCAACUGGCUGCGGCCGCCGAGGACAUCUUCACGCUGCUGCAGCAGCGCGGCCCGGCGGAGCUGGACGGGCUGAAGGAGGUGGUGGCGGAGCGGAUCAGCGCGGCCGUGGACGAGAUCUUCAAUGUGUUCAGAGCUAUCAGAGAGGAGCCCAGAGCAGAGCUGUGUCUAUUAGUGGGUGUCAAGAGCUUCUCUGAUGAAAAAUGUCUGAGAUCUGAUGUUUCUGUGGGCGACCAACUUAAAGAGCCUCUACCUGGCACAUCCAGCGAACAUGGCGGUACCUCUCAAUCAGUCAUCCAAACAAGCUCUCCAGGCGAUUUGACCAGUGAGGACGAGGACGGGGACAAGGACAAGGGGGCGAUACCUCAUAGCUGCAGAGUGUGUGGGAAGUCCUUUGACAGACAAGGCUUUUUAAUGAAACACGUAGAGAAACACUUAAAGGAGUCAGAGUGUUUGUGUGGUCUGUGUGGCGAGCGUUUGGAGUCCAGCAAAGGUCUGAAGUUGCACAUUCAAGCACACCGCGACAGCAGCAGGACCUGUGAUUUUUGCGGUAAAAUGUUCCCUUCAAUCAGAGCUCAAGAGACACACCGGAGACUGCACACUGGCGAGAAGCCUUUUAGCUGUCAUGUUUGUGGAAAAGGCUUCAACCAAAAGGGCAACAUGGUGACUCACAUGAGGAUCCACACAGAAGUGAAGCCUUUCAGGUGCGGCAUUUGUCGCAAAGAGUUCAGCCACACCGGCUCCCUGGAGCGACACACACAGGCCCACAAUGGACUGACACCAUUUAGCUGCAAAGUCUGCGGGAAAGGAUUCACAAAGACCGCUGUGCUGAGACGACAUGCCCGCACCCAUGAGUCCAGUGAACUCUCUCCUGUGAAAAGCAGACGCAGGAAGCCAAGUCUGACACCGUCUCACUGCUGCAAGGUCUGUGAGAACACCUUUCACAACAAAGGUAACUUUGUGCGGCAUGCCGAGACUCACUUAGAUGACCCUGGUUUUCACUGUGGCGUCUGUGGAGAGCAGUCUGAGUCUUCAGAGACACUAAGGCUCCACAUCCAAAGUCACAGAGAAACCAACAGGAUCUGUGACUUCUGUGGCAUAGGUUUCAGGGACAUGGAGAUUCACAUGAGGAUGCACACAGGCCAGAAGCCCUUCAGGUGCAAAGACUGUGGCAAGGACUUCCCUAGGAAAGGUUCCCUUGAGCGACACCUAAAGUUGCAUGCUGGUGAGAGGCCGUACAUCUGCGAGUUUUGUGGAAAGACUUUUACCGAAAACACUGUUCUAAAGAGGCAUAUCAAGAGCCACAUGGGUGGGAAACCCAGGAUUUACUCCUGCGACAUCUGUGGCAAAAAGUUUGCCAUGAGCCAGCAUCUGGAUGUGCACAAGAGGAUCCACACUGGGGAGAAACCAUACACCUGCAGGGUCUGUGGAAAGAACUUCCGGCAGAUCGGGAACCUGGACUCUCACAUGAGGAUCCACACGGGUGAGAAGCCAUUCAUCUGCAGUCUCUGCGGCAAAACAUUUCGACAGAAAAUUUCACUUGAGACACACGAGAGGUUCCACAAAAAGGAGAAACCCUUCAGCUGCCAGCUCUGCAGCAAGAGUUUCGUCCAGAAGAUUGACCUGAAGAGACACAUGCUGACCCACACAGGGGAGAAACCCUAUAGCUGUCAGGUUUGUGGCAAGAGCUACCAGGAGAAACGCUCUGUAGAUGCUCACAUGAAGGUCCACACUGUAGAAGUCACCAAAGACUCAUCUGUGGCACAGAAACAACAGGAAGGAGUUCACUCUGACUUCAUCCAGCUGUAGAACGUCAGUGAUGGAGCCAAAGGCACCUCUGUCUCUUUAGUAGGUUCAGUUAAACUCUGUUUUCUCCAUGCAGUCCAAUCAGAUAAGAUUUUAUUGUUUUACUUUAGUUAAUGCAAAGUGUGAAUUAUAAUUUAACAUUACUGUCAUUAGGCAAGACUAUGUUAUUUGGAAAAUGUCCUAAGUCCCAAAAACAAAUACAGAAAGGCACAUGGUGGACAUGAUGUUUGAGUCCUGUAAAAAAUAAAAUUGCAUCGUUACCUAUUAA